AUGCAAUCUGAAUUUGAUGCUCUUAUUCGAAAUAAGACGUGGGAUUUAGUUCCUCGUCCUUGUGAUGCUAAUCUUAUUCGAUGUAUGUGGAUUUUUAGGCAUAAGAAAAAUUCUGAUGGCUCAUUUGAGUGUUAUAAGGCUCGUCUUGUAGGUGAUGGCAGGUCACAGGUUGCAGGUAUGAAUUGUGAUGAGACUUUUAGCCCCAUGGUGAAACCCGCUACCAUUCGAACACCAUUGGGUUUCCGCGACCUCCGUCAUCCAGAUUAUGUAUGUCGGUUGAAGAAGUCAUUGUAUGGUCUCAAGCAAGCGCCUAGGGCAUGGUACCAACGUUUUGAUGACUAUGUCGCCACCAUUGGCUUUCGCCAUAGCACAUCAGACCACUCCCUCUUCAUAUAUCGACAAGUUUUAGACAUGGCCUACGUUUUGCUGUAUGUAGACGACAUCAUCCUCAUCACCUCCACUCAGGUCCUCCGCAAAUCAAUUAUGUCACUCUUAGCAUCUGAGUUUGCAAUGAAGGAUUUGGACCCUCUAAGUUACUUUCUAGGUAUUGCAGUAUCUCGUCAUCCUGAUGGAAUAUUUCUCAGUCAAAGUACUUAUGCAUCAGAGAUCAUUGAACGUGAUGGCAUGACGUCCUGUAAACCAUCAGCCACUCCUGUUGACACCAAGCAGAAACUCAGAACCUCCUCCGACACUUCUUAUGAGGAUCCCUCCUUAUAUCGGAGUCUUGCAAGGGCCCUACAGUAUCUCACCUUCACUCGACUUGAUAUAUCAUAUGUUGUUCAACAAGUUUGUCUUCACAUGCAUGCCCCUCGCAUGGAACACAUGCUUGCUCUUAAGCGCAUUUUGCGCUAUGUUCAAGGCAUCUUACACUUUGGAAUACACUUAUCCCCAUCUCCCAUUACAAAACUUAUCUCCUACACUGACGUUGAUUGGGGUGGAUGUCCUGACACCAUACGUUCUACAUCUGGGUACUGGGUUUUUCUAGGUGACAACCUUAUUUCUUGGUCUUCUAAAAGGCAGCCAACUCUCUCCCGUUCCAAUGCUGAAGCCGAAUAUAGGGGGGUUACCAAUGUUGUAUCUGAAUCGUGUUGGAUUCACAAUCUUCUCCUGGAACUUCAUUUUCCUAUUCCUCAGGCCACUUUGGUGUAUUGUGACAAUGUUAGUGUCAUCUAUCUAUCUGGUAAUCCUAUGCAGCAUCAGCACACUAAGCAUAUUGAGAUGGACAUUCAUUUUGUUCGGGAAAAGGUAGCUCGUGGUCAGGCUCGCGUCCUUCAUGUUCACUCAAGACAUCAGAUCGCAGACAUCUUCACCAAAUGA